AUGCCGUCCAUUCUGACUGAUGCCGACAAGGAAACUGUCAAGCGACAGGUGCCCAAGCCUGCCAACAAGAUCCUCGCAGUAGCUGUCGCGCGACUCUACGUGGCAUACCCUGACCCUCAACGAUGGACUUAUACCGGCGUCCAGGGCGCCGUAGUGCUUUGCAACGAUCUUGUUGGCCGGACUUUUUGGUUGAAAAUCGUCGACGUCUCGCCUACAGGAAAGGGUGUCAUAUGGGACCAGGAAAUCUACGACAAUUUCAGUUACAACCAAGAUCGGACUUUCUUUCACACCUUCGAGCUGGAGGAUUGCUUGGCAGGCCUUUCAUUCGCCGAUGAAAAAGAAGCAAAAACAUUCAUCAAGAAGGUCAUGGAGCGUGAGAAGCACGCGAGCAAAGAGACCAGCAAAACGCCUUUCGCGUCUUCUCGAGGACAAGGACCUGCGCCUGUGACAAACGGCAAGGGGAUUGGACGAUCAAUCUUCGGCAGUCUGUUGCAUCGUUCAAGCCCAGCUCCAAGUGCUGUGCCUUCCCCAGCUCCAGUCCCGGCUCCAGCGCCAUCAAUACCCGUUGGCCCACCCCCCGUGCUGACCCCUAGCGCACCGUCAGCCAAAGGGAACUUGCCGUUCGAUAUCAAUGACCCCACCCAGAAGGGUCUUCUUGACGAGUUACUGCAAAUGGGUAUCACUGAAGACCAGAUCGCCGACAAUUCUGAAUUCAUCAAGUCCUGGAUCGCCCAGAAGCAAACCGCUGCUCAGCCGUCCCCGGCGACGAGUGAUCACGAGAAACCGCGAGCGCCUCCACCACCUCCACCGGGUGCACCAGCACCCAAGAUGACCUCUCUGGCGCCUCAAGAUACAGGCACGAGCUCGGCAAGUCGACGGGGACCACCUCCUCCACCUCCGCCGUCAAGGAAGAGCCGCUCCGAUGCGGCAGAGGAACCAGCCGCGCCUCCUCGCGAACCCUCUCCGCCCCCAGCACCCACUCGGAUAUUCCGCGCACCUCCUCCGAUUGCAGAUGCGGGCAAAUAUGCGGAGCCCGCGGGGCCUGCUCCGCCACGACGACCACGCGCGACCUCGAGCGUUACACCGGGCCCUCCCCCUCCUCCCCGACCUCCCAAGACACCGAUGGACGAGGCGCCGAGCCAGCCUACGAGCCGGUUUGGAGUACCCCCCCCAUUUACGGGCGAUCGCAAAGUCUCCGCUCCGCCGGCACCGCCGAGCCGCAGCCCAGUGCCUGGCGGUCCUCCACCACCGCCGCCUCGUACGUCUAGCCCAGCAGCACCGCCUCAGCUGCCACCGAAAGUUCCCAAUGGUGCACCACAAUUCGGACUCCCUCCACCACCACCAGCCCGAAGCUCCGUUCCUCCUCCCCCGCCUCCGCCUCCUCCGCCAGGACCUCGCCCCUCAUCAGUUGCUCCUUCUGCGCCUGGUCCCCCUCCUCCACCCCCGCGAGGUCCAGCUGCUGCUCCUCCUGCCCCUCCUCCACCACCACCAGGUCGAGGCGGGCCUUCCAUGCCACCUCCACCUCCUCCUGGCGGGGCAUCUAUACCUCCACCACCACCGCCUCCCAAUCGUGCUGGACCAGGAGUUCCUCCUCCGCCACCACCUCCCUCCGGUGGUGCAGGAGGACCCCCUCCACCCCCAGCUCCUGCUGGUGGAGCUCCGCCAUUGCCUCCGACUACUGGUGGAAGAGAUGAUCUUCUUGCAGCCAUUCGUGGUACCGGUGGCGUUGGUGGUGGUGGCCUUCGCAAGGUCAAGGACUCUGAGAAGAAGGACCGUAGCGCAGCCAUGGUGCCCGGCGGUGCGGCUGAAUCGUCAGCGGCGGCAUCAAGCUCCGGUGGUGCUCCCCAAGGUGGUCUUGCCGGUGCUUUACAAGAUGCCCUCAAUAAGAGAAAACAGCGAGUCAGUGGCAGUGAUGAUGAGAAAGAUGACAAUGACGACUGGUGA